AUGUAUCUGUUUUCUCGGCGUCUUCUGGAUACCAUUUACCGCGAGAAUAGGAUGUUUAUGAUAACAAAGACCAGCGAUGUUCAACACGUUGUUCUUCAACGUUCGUUGAGCCCACGUAGUAGCUGUGGUUACCCAAUUUAUAUCUUCAAUCUCCCCAUUGAAGAAACCCAUCAUAUGGCUCACGCUGACCCGUGUCCCUCCAUUCAUACAUUCCAUUUCUCUUCUUAUUUGUCCCAUCUCAAAAGUUUUUUCAUUUUCCGUCUCGCUCAUCUUAUUGUUCAGUAA